UUCGCUUGCCUCCUCAAUCUAUCACCCGUAUAUUCCUUGCUUGCCUGCCUUCACAUUGCUCAUCUACCAAACUUACCUUUCUCUCUCUCUCUCUCUCGCUCUCCACUACUACUCAUAACAUAUAUAUAUAUAUAUAUAGCUAAUUCACACUCUCUAGCUCUAUAUGUAUGCUGGUUGUCAUUCUUUGCCGUCGCUGAUACAGCUAGCAUGUUGUACGUAUGUAUUGUGACGCCGCCGCCGACGAGGAGUCAGUAGGGCAGGCCGAGCACACGACUCACUGAUUGUUUCAAUUCAUAAAUAACCGGCGGCAGAGACCGAGCUAGCUGAGAGGGGUACCCGCCGGCCAUGCCUGCAGAAGAAGAGGCUUUUGCCGCCGCCGGCACUACUAUUACUGCUGCUACUUCCCAGCAGCAGGAGGAGGAGAAGAAGGAAGGAGCAGCAAAUGCUGUCGUCCCAUUCUAUAAGCUUUUCGUCUUCUCUGACUGGUGGGACAAAAUCUUGAUGCUCCUAGGCACCCUUGGGGCCGUCGGCAAUGGUCUGAACCCACCCCUUAUGGCAUUCCUCUUUGGUGAUAUGGCCGAUGCUUUUGGUUCUACACCAAAAGAUGAAGUCGUCCCCCUUGUCAGCAAGGUAGCUCUAAAGUUUGUGUAUCUGGCUUUGGGAUGUGGUGCAGCGGCUUUCCUCCAGGUGGCCUGUUGGAUGAUCACAGGAGAGAGACAGGCUGCACGAAUCAGGAGCCUCUAUCUCAGAACCAUUUUACAGCAAGAUAUUUCAUUUUUCGAUAAGGAAGUUCAUACAGGGGAGGUGAUUGGAAGGAUGUCAGGGGACACAGUUCUUAUUCAAGAUGCCAUGGGGGAGAAGGUAGGCAAGUUCGUGCAGUUGAUGUCCACAUUUCUGGGGGGGUUUGUGAUUGCCUUCAGCAAGGGGUGGCUCCUCACACUUGUCAUGCUCUCGUCCCUUCCCCCGCUCAUGAUAUCUGGCGGAAUCAUGUCCCACGUCGUCUCCAGGAUGGCAUCCCGCGGCCAAAAUGCCUACGCCACCGCUGCUGUCGUCGUUGAGCAGACCAUUGGAGCAAUCAGAACUGUGGCGUCAUUCACGGGAGAGAAGAGGGCGGUGUCCAAGUAUGCCAAGUCACUGGAGAAGGCUUACAAGUCGGCAGUGCAGGAGGGGCUGGCCACCGGCCUGGGCCUUGGGUCGGUCAUGUUUAUGAUGUUCUGCAGCUACGCCCUGGCGGUGUGGUAUGGCGGCAAGCUCAUUCUGGAGAAGGGCCACUCCGGGGGGGAUACGUUUACCGUCAUUGUCUCCGUCCUCACCGGUUCGCUGUCUCUGGGACAAGCCUCCCCAUGCCUGAGCGCCUUUGCAGCAGGCCGCGCCGCCGCCUUCAAGAUGUUCGAGACCAUAAAUCGGAAGCCCGACAUCGACCCUUGGGACAGCAAGGGGAAGGUGUUGGGCGACAUAUGCGGGGACGUGGAGCUGAGGGAUGUCCACUUCAGCUAUCCCGCCAGGCCCACCGAGCCCAUCUUCACCGGAUUCUCUCUGUGCAUUCCUCGGGGCACCACCGCUGCACUGGUUGGGCAGAGCGGGAGUGGCAAGUCCACCGUCAUUAGUUUGGUGGAGAGAUUCUACGACCCCCAGGCAGGAGAGGUCCUGGUGGACGGGAUCAACCUCAAGGAAUUCCAACUCAGGUGGAUCAGGACAAAGAUCGGUCUGGUCAGCCAAGAGCCUGUGCUGUUCAUGGGCACCAUCAAGGAAAACAUUGCCUACGGAAAGGACGCCGCCACGGAGCAAGACAUCAGAGCGGCCGCUGAGAUGGCCAAUGCUGCUAAGUUCAUUGAUAAACUUCCCCAGGGCUUAGACACUACGGUGGGCGAGCAUGGGACUCAGCUUUCUGGGGGACAGAAACAGAGAAUUGCCAUAGCCCGAGCAAUUCUGAAAGAUCCACGGAUUCUGCUGUUGGAUGAGGCUACCAGUGCACUGGAUGCAGAAUCUGAGAGGAUCGUUCAAGAGGCCCUCGACAGGAUAAUGGUUAAUAGAACCACCGUCAUAGUGGCACAUCGUUUGACCACAGUUAGAAAUGCCAACAUGAUUGCUGUCAUUCACAAAGGAAAGAUGGUAGAAAAAGGUACUCAUUCUGAACUGCUGGAGGAUCCUGAAGGUGCAUAUUCGCAGCUGAUCAAACUGCAAGAAUCUCGUAAAGAUGAAGAUGCAGAUGAAGAAGCAGCGGAUGAUUUGGAGGGAUCCACUUACGGCAGCAUUGAUUACAAUAGGCAGGCAAGCCAAAGACCAUCACUGUCGCUUCUCCGCAUAAUGAGCCACAGAUCCUCCUCUAGGUCUAGAGUAAGAAGUGGAAGCCGGCGUUCUCUAUCUAUCAAUUUUGACCUUUCCAGGGGUCUUAGCAUCGCGAGAACAGAAGAAUAUGAAGAGUUGGAACAUGAUGGGGAUGGGGAUGGGCUCAGUAAGCACCCGAAAGUUCCACUUAGCCGGCUCGCCGCUCUCAACAAGCCCGAGGCGCCAUUCUUAGUAGUAGGAGCUCUGUCCGCAAUCCUAAACGGGGCAAUAGUUCCAUUUUUUGGCAUACUCCUGUCUUUUGUCAUCAAAACAUUCUAUGAGCCCCCUCAGAAGUUGAAGGAGGACUCCAGGUUUUGGGCGUUGAUGUUCGUGGUGCUUGGAGUAGUGUCGCUGGUGGCAUAUCCGCUCAGGACGUACUUCUUUGGGGUGGCUGGUUGUAGAUUGAUACGGAGGAUACGGAUGAAGUGUUUCGAGAGGGUGGUGAACAUGGAGGUCGGGUGGUUUGAUGAGCCCCAAAAUUCGAGUGGAGUGAUAGGAGCAAGGCUCUCAGCGGAUGCAGCAACCAUACGGGCUCUGGUGGGUGACGCACUGGCGCAGCUGGUUCAGGAUCUCGCGUCGGCUGUGGUGGGAUUGGUUAUAGCUUUUGUGGCAAGCUGGCAGUUGGCGCUCAUCGUCCUGGCUAUCGUGCCUCUCAUAGCGCUCAACGGAUACGUGCAGAUCAAAUUCAUGACGGGAUUCAGCAAUGAUGCCAAGGCCAUGUAUGAAGAAGCAAGUCAAGUGGCCAAUGAUGCUGUGGGAACGAUAAGAACAGUGGCCUCCUAUUGCGCGGAAGAGAAAGUACUAGAGGUUUACAGAAGAAAGUGCGAGGGCCCAGUGAAGAUGGGGAUCAGGCAGGGAUUGAUUAGUGGCUUUGGCUUUGGCCUGUCGCUAGCCUUUGUGUUCUUCGCCUACGCCAGCUCUUUUUAUGCAGGAGGCCGGCUUGUUGAGGCUGGAACGAUAACAUUUUCAGAUGUCUUUCGCGUUUUCUUCGCUCUCACCAUGGCUGCGGUGGCAAUAUCUCAAUCCAGCACAUUUGCUCCAGAUUCAAGCAAGGCCAAGAGUGCGGCUGCCUCCGUAUUUGCCAUCCUAGACCGAAAAUCAAAUAUUGAUCCCGGCGAUGAAUCUGGCACGACCUUGGACAGUCUCAGGGGAGAGAUUGAGCUGAAGCACAUCAGCUUCAAGUAUCCCACCAGGCCCAAUGUUCCUAUUUUCCGGGACCUGUCAUUGAGAAUCCACAGUGGCAAGACGGUGGCCUUAGUCGGCGAGAGCGGAAGCGGCAAGUCCACAGUGAUCUCUCUAUUGCAAAGGUUCUACGAUCCUGAUAAAGGCACCAUUACAAUUGAUGGGGUCGACAUCCAGAAGUUCCAACUCAAGUGGCUGAGGCAGCAGAUGGGACUCGUGGGGCAAGAGCCAAUCUUGUUCAAUGAGACCAUCCGAGAUAACAUAGCCUACGGGAAGGAGGAAGGCCGAGAAGAAGCAACAGAGGCAGAAAUCAUAGCUGCAGCAGAGCUGGCGAAUGCGCACAAAUUCAUCAGCGGCUUGCAGCGGGGAUACGACACUAUGGUUGGGGAGCGAGGGGUUCAGCUCUCGGGAGGGCAGAAGCAGCGGAUCGCAAUAGCCCGGGCCAUUGUGAAAGCACCAAAGAUACUGCUGUUGGAUGAAGCAACGAGUGCAUUGGAUGCAGAGUCGGAGAGAGUGGUGCAGGAUGCGCUGGAGAGAGUGAUGGUGAACAGGACCACCGUAGUGGUGGCUCACCGCCUGUCAACCAUCAGGGGGGCAGACCUCAUUGCCGUGGUCAAGAAUGGAGUCGUGGUGGAGAAGGGGAGCCAUGACACUCUGAUCAAUGUCAAGGACGGUUUCUACGCUUCCCUCGUUGCACUGCACUCCACGGCUGCCGCCGCUGCUGUCCCCGCCACCUCUUCUUCUUGAUUUGAUUUGAUUAAUCAAUCCGACGACCAACCAUCCACCACACUGCCUCCUGCUGCUGCUGCUACAGCCUGUCUCUUAUUGAAAUCAAACUACCAUCCCCUGGGACUCCAUUCUUGACCACGGCAAUGAGGGUGAGGGAGAGAGCUAACAUGCUAUGCUAUUAUAUUAUUUACAUUAUGGUUAGUAUCAUCAUAGUCAUUAUAGAAUAGUUGUGUUUUAUACAGUAGACGGCAGCUGGAACUCUGUUCCUCCUCUUGCAGUAAAUUCCUUGAUUUGUUG